CUAUAAACUGCGUGACGACCUCGUCUCCCUUCUCCCUGUAAUCCCCAGUCCAUUCUCCUGUCAUAGCUAGGUGCACAGCGACUCGUCUACAACACCAUGGCUGACUCCCGGAACGGACUCGUCGUCAAAUGCACAAAGUGCGGGCAAGAGCACGACGGCUCCCCCGACGGCAUCGACGUAGCCAGCCACCCUACAGCACAGAAACUCGCCGCGCGAUCGCUGGAAUUCUUACGGGAAAUCGAGAACUUCACGCCUGGUCACGAGCUCGAAAUCCGACUGAACCGCGACUACGGCCCAGGCAACGCGUACUACGAGGACUUUUGCACGCUCGUAAAGCAAGGGUUCGAAGAAGGGUGGGUAGCGACGCACGAUAUCGACUCGGGAAUCUAUCGUCGGGGGAAGGUACAUCGCCAACCGUUCCAUCCUCCCUCCCCCCAUAUCCGUCCAUCUAACACACAACCCCAGAUCCAACUCCCCCUCGCCUCAAACCUCUACAUGUCCCUCACAGCCGUCUACUUCGACUCCCAACGCGAAUACGCCGGCCAAUACCACAAACACCCCUACGGCGAAAUCAACUGCGUCAUCCCCAUAGACGCCACGUUCGAACUCGAAGGCCUGCCCGCGGGCGAGAACUGGCGCGGCGCAGGCUGGACGAGUCCCGGGCCGGGCACGCAUCACUACCCGCGCGCGCGGGGCGGGCGGGGGAUCGCGUUCUUCUUCCUGCCGAGUGGGAGGAUUGCGUAUGAUGCUAAGCCCGGGGAGCCGCAGCCUGCGUUGUAUUGAUUUGGGGGGAUGUGAUGUUUCUUGGGGAUUAGUAGGAGCGCGGGAGCUCGAGCACUUUUUCGCCGAUGUAGUUGAGGAUCAUUUCGCGGCUGAUGGGCGCCAGGCGGGGGAUGAUGACUUCGCGGAGGAAGCGUUCGACGUGGUAUCUGCGGAAUGGUCAGUGUCCAAUGUCCCACUUGAUUGAGAUU